CUUAAGGUAUCGAUGCUUUCUGUAGUCAACCACUUAUCUAUCGAUAACAUGGCUACAGUUGCCACAAUGUUGCAAUAGCCACAACAAAUUCGAAAUGUGAUUAAAUUAUACCUGUUGCUUACUGCAAAAUAGCUCUCACACAAAAGUUAAAUUUAUUAAUUUGGACAUUUAGAUAUUGCACAAAAUUAGGUAUACCUGCUAAUGGGCAGAUGGGUAAAUGCAUAUCGCGCUGCAGCUGCUACAGCGGUAAAGCUAAACAGCUGUUUGUAAUUGUUUUGAUAAGAAAGUACACAAGUCCAUAAGUAUGCAGCGAACAUCUCAACUUUGGCAAUUACCUGGCAUUGCUUACCGGUCGACAUUUCGAAUUAGACAGUUUCAUAGCCGACGGGCAACAGCCCAUCAGAGUAAUCAAAGUCGUAGCUGGAAGACUUUGCCCUUUGUACGUCUGGGAUUUGCACUGGUUGGUGCUGGAGCACUUGGCUAUGAUGGCUAUGUUAAUGAUUUCACCUACUCAGGAUCGUCGGUGCGCUUUGUGCGUUCAGUGAAGACAGCGGUGUUAAUUGCUAUCGAUUAUUUGGGACUCGAUGAAAAUGAUGCCGAGUACAAGACAAAGAUUAAGGUAUUACAUCAAAAGAGUGCUGAUCGUCUGCUGGAAACCUGUCUGCUUAACGGUGGCCUCUAUAUAAAAGUGGGGCAAGGCUUUGCGGCCAUCAAUCACAUAUUGCCCAUUGAAUAUACCAGUACGCUAGCUAAGCUACAGGAUCAAUGUUUGCCUACGUCAAAAGAGGACAUUCAAAAGGUGUUUCGCACAGAUUUUGGCCAAUUGCCUGAGGAGUUAUACGAAGAGUUUGAUUACAAGCCCAUUGCGGCCGCGAGUUUAGCUCAGGUGUUCAAAGCGAGAUUGCAUAGCGGCGAGCAGGUGGCCGUCAAAGUGCAGUACAGCGAUUUGCAGAAGCGAUUUAUUAGUGAUGUGGCGACCAUUAUCUUUCUCCAGGACAUUAUCGAGUUGGUCUUUAAGAACUACAAUUUCGGCUGGAUCAUGAACGAUCUGCGCAAGAAUCUAGUACAAGAACUCAACUUUGUUCAGGAAGGACACAAUGCUGAACGAUGCGCGAACGAUUUAAAGAAGCUUAGCUAUGUUGCAGUCCCCAAAAUCUAUUGGCCACAAACAAAAACUCGCGUGCUGACCAUGGAAUGGAUGGAUGGCUAUAAAAUCGGCGAUGUGGAUGCAAUUAAGCAACAAAACCUAAGCCUCAUUGAUGUUGACUCGAAGCUAUAUAAUGUGUUUGCCGAGCAAAUCUUUCACACUGGUUUCGUGCACGCUGAUCCGCAUCCCGGCAACAUUUUUGUACGAAAAAAUGCACACAAUGGACACGCGGAGAUUGUCUUAUUAGAUCAUGGGCUCUACGAGGAGUUGCCGGAGAAUGUGCGCGGUCCGCUGUGUGAGUUUUGGGAGGCAACUGUUUUGCGAGAUGAGGCCAAGAUGAAGGUGGCUGCCAACAAGAUUGACGUAGUCGAGUAUAUCAAGUUUGCUGAAGUGCUCUUUCAGCAGCCCAUACGAAUGCGCAGCGGUCCAAUUCGUAGCAAGCUCUCUCAGGAGGAGCUUGAUCAUCGUGGAGCUUGCAUCGUGGGCCAUUGCUUGUGA